AUGUUCCUUGUUCUUUUCUCGUCGCCGCCUUGCUUGCUGUACCGGCAGCAGCUCGUCACGCUAACAGUCGGCGGUGGCAUCGAGCUAGCGAUCCACGUUAGCCCCGGCAGCGUAAGCGAAGGGGUGGGCGAAGGCGAAGGCGAAGACGAAGGGUACAGGGAUCCCCCUGUGUCGGGAUUGAGGCUCCGCAACGUCCGCGUCGUCGUCAAGAGCGGCGCGAUGCUCAGCGUCGGGGUGGCCGGCGAUUAUUCGUUGGACGACAUGGGAUAUGCGGGGCCCGGCGAAGGCACCAGCGCCCUGACGCUAGAGGGCGCGGCGCCACAGCAUUCGAAUGGAGGCGCACUGGAGGUGGAGGAGGGGGGCGCGGCUGUGUUUCUGGUGCCGGUUCACUUCGAGGGGAACUCGGUCCAAAACGGUUACUCCGGCGGGGCGUUCCACGCGGACGGAGAGGUCACGUUCGAAAACGCCGCGCAUUUCGUGGGAAACCGCGCUCUCGGGCAGGGGUCUCGGGGCCAGGAAGCACAUUCGUGCGGGGGCGGGGUGUCUGUCGGGGGCACCGGUAGAGUAGAGUUCUCGGAAUUGGCGAGCUUUGAGGAAAAUUCGGCAUGGACAGGGGGCGCUCUGUGCAACCGCGGUUGGGCAAAGUUCUUCCGAAGAAGCUUCUUCAAUGGCAACCGAGCGUCUGGAGGCGCUUCGACACGGGUAGGUGCGGAUGGGGGUGCCGUGUUUACGGAGGAGGGUAGCACCACGAUUUUUACGAGAAGGUCGACCAUGCUCAGGAACUGGGCGGCCGGUAGCGGGGGCUCCGUGUAUAACGCGGGGGUAUCGACCUUCGAAACCUCGGCUGCUUUUAGGGGCAACACGGCGGCGGCAGCGGCGAGGGUGGAGGCGGGGAGUUCCCAGAACGUGGAAGCGGCGUUGCCGCCAUCGCCGCCAGAGACAGAGACAGGGGGGGGGCACUUGUUUAACCGGGGCUACUUGGAGAUCAUGGGUGAUGCCUCCUUCAUCGACGGCGUCAGCGCCACCGAUGGCGGCGCCGUGUACACUGUCUCCGGCGAGGACACGAUCCUUAGCGGGAUAACUUCUUUCCACGGCAACUCGGCGCGCGGCAACUGCAAGGACGUCUUCGCUGCGUUGGCGGGCAGCGAAGUUAGGCUAACGACCACAACGAAUAGUUCCGCCGCGGCACCUGUCGCCACGACCGCUGCUGUCCCCACAACGACCACGGCUGGCGUCGAGACGACCGCGGUUUCGGGGUCCCCGUUGGGGCCGCCGGCAGCGUCAAUCGGGUCGAAGCAACGGAGGAGAGUCUCGCGCUUAGCCCCAGACGCUUCGGACGACCCUGGUGGCACCAUAGGGACCUCCAGAUCUGCGAACAAGAAGAAAAGGUCCAUCGCCAAGCGAAGAACACCAUGCCAGCCGUAGGCAAUCACAUACCCCGUACCAACGCUUGUGCUUGUGCUUGCCCCCCCCCCCAUAUGACUGGCGGACGGUUACGGGUCGGCUACUCGUCUCGGCAGCAACUUUCAGGGCAUCUCCCCCGACAUGCAUCUAUCGAUGGUGUUCCGAAGAGGGAGCCAGCGGCGUGGCUGACACACACCCUGUGUUGUGCCUUUCGCCGUUUGGGGUGAGGAACUUCGCCCAAUCGUUUUCGGUUGAGGUGUUGUGACGCUGAUUCUUCGGUGGUGCGGGUAGUGCACGGGGGCUUCGUGGCAUUGCUGAACCCCAUGAACGUCUCAGCCCCUCCCCACUGCCCUAGCUUGGUGAUGGCGUCAGGGCCUUGUACCGAAGUUUGUUUUAGUGGUUGUGCGGUAAAGUUGAUGUGCCGUGGUGGCCGACUUGUUGUCACGUUGGGAUCUGUGCAGCCCUUGUUCGGGUACCUGCUCUCCUGUGGUGCUGGUUGUAGAAUAGGAAAACGAUCACGUCCCACAAUAUAUCGCAGCUUGUUUCAUAGCGUGAACCUAGUCGGACACCGUCGUGGCCCAUGGUCGCUGCACUAUAGCUGCUCGGGUUCUGUGCAGGAAUCGUGCAGGUGUCAUUCCUAUUGGGACAACAUUAUUUUCCUAUCGGGACAGUGUCCUCGUAUUAAUGUCUUUGCCUCCAAGCUUUGCUUUGAACCUGAUUUCUUGGUUAUCUAUUCAGACUCGAAGUCUUGAGGGUUGGAUGGUGAAUUAAAUCGGGAGAUCUGUGUUGAAGGGAACUCGGGAGAU